CCUUUUCUCUAUCAGAUGGCCCCCAAGGACACAACUCUGGCCCUUGGCGUGGUGUUCUUGAUGAUUCAUUUCAGCUGGAAUUGGGUGGGGCUGAUCAUUUCAGAAGAUGAGAAAGGCAUUCGAUUUCUCUCAGAUGUGAGAGGCGAGAUGGACAGGAACGGAGUCUGCGUGGCCUUUGUGAAUAUGAUCCCAGUCACCAUGCUGCUGUAUUUCACAAGAGCUCACCAACAUUACAACCAGAUCAUGAAAUCCUCGGCACGCAUGGUUAUCAUUUUUGGUGACACAGAGUCUCUUCUGGCUGUGAGUUUUAAUAGAUGGGACAAUGUAGUCACACAGAGAGUUUGGGUCACCACCUCACAAUGGGAUGUUACCAAUAGUAAGAAACCUUUCAUCCUGGACCCAUUCCAUGGCGCACUCAUUUUUUCUCACCACCAUGGGGAGAUUUCUGGACUGAAACAUUUUAUCCAGACAGCAAACCCUGCCAAAUACCCAGAGGACACAUACCUUGCUAGGUUGUGGUGGAUGCAUUUUAACUGCUCAGUCUCAGAGUCUGAAUGUAAAACACUGGAGAGCUGUUCUUCCACAGGCUCCUUGGCAUGGUUACCACGGCACCAUUUUGACAUGGCCGUGAGGGACGGGAGCUACAACAUAUACAAUGCUGUCUAUGCCGUGGCCCACACCCUUCACGAGAUGCUCCUUCAACAAGCAGAUGGGCAACCAGCGAAGAAUGGGAAAGGCCCAGUGUUCUCCCCCUGGCAGACUCCCAACUCAGCCUGCAGUGUGAGCUGUGGACCUGGAUUCAGGAAGUCCCCUCAGGAGGGAAGGCCUGCCUGUUGUUUUGACUGCACUCCCUGCCCAGAGGACGAGAUUUCCAACCAGACAGACAUGGACCAGUGUGUGAAGUGUCCAGCUCAUCAGUAUGCCAACACGGAGCGAACCACCUGUCUCCAAAAGGCUGUGACAUUUCUGGCCUAUGAAGACCCCUUGGGCAUGGCUCUGGCCUGCACGGCUCUCUGCUUCUCUGCACUCACAGCUGCUGUCCUCGGGGUCUUUGUGAAGCACAGAGACACCCCCAUAGUCAAGGCCAACAACAGGGCUCUCAGCUACAUCCUGCUCAUCUCCCUCACCUUCUGUUUGCUCUGCUCUCUGCUCUUCAUUGGCCGUCCAAGCACAGCCACCUGCAUCCUGCAGGAGACCACAUUUGGACUGGUGUUCACUGUGGCAGUUUCCACAGUCUUGGCCAAAACUGUCACUGUGAUUCUGGCCUUCAAGGUCACUGUCCCAGGGAGAAGGAUGAGGCAGUGGCUGGUGUAAGGGGCACCUAACUUCAUCAUUCCCAGCUGCUCCCUCAUCCAGCUGACUCUCUGUGGGGUCUGGCUGGGGACCUCUCCUCCCUUUGUGGACACAGACACACACUCUGAACAUGGCCACAUCAUCAUCACGUGCAACAAGGGCUCCGUCACUGCCUUCUACUGUGCCCUGGGAUACCUGGGCUCCCUGGCCCUGGGGACCUUCACGGUGGCCUUCCUGGCCAGGAACCUGCCUGACACCUUCAAUGAAGCCAAGUUCCUGACCUUCAGCAUGCUGGUGUUCUGCAGUGUCUGGCUCACCUUCCUCCCUGUGUACCACAGCACCAAGGGCAAGGUCAUGGUGGCCGUGGAGGUCUUCUCCAUUCUGGCCUCCAGUGUAGGGCUCCUGGGCUGCAUCUUUGCCCCCAAGUGCUACAUAAUUCUCAUAAGACCAGACAAAAACUGUUUGAAAGAUCUGAAGGACAGAAGAAGUUCUAUGGGAAAUAGGCAUUCUGUGGGUUUAUCUCUUAAGUCUCUUUCACAUUUUUAG